GACUGGACGCGACGUCCCGUCCAGCCCAGCGGCGUCGUCGUCCCCGGGCUCCGUUUCCCUCGCCGCUCGCCGGCCUUCUUUCCCGUCUCGGCCUUCUUUGUAUCGCCCCCUCUCGGCGUCGGCCGAAAGGGAGCCGAUCCGUCACCGGAACCCCGCCGCUCCGCGAGCUCGAGCGCGGGGGUUAAAGGCGCGGCGGGCAAAAGCAAACGGCAAAAGAGGAGCGAGCGGGCGAGGGCUUCGGGAGCGUGAAGCGGGAAGGAAAAGGCAGGCGAGCGGGGAAGCAACGCGGAAACUCCGAAAGCGAGCGAGACAAGCGCCCGAUUCGCUUCGUUUCCUCCGCCGCACGCCUCCUCCGUCCUCCCCCCACUCCCCCACCUCGCCACCGCUACCCCCUACCGCUACCCCUUCCACGGCGACCCGCUCCGCCUCCGCUCCGUCGCCGGAGCCCUGUAGCUCUCGCCGCGCGCGCGCGCGCCCGCCCCGAGAUCGGGGAGGGGUGCGGUGUCAUCUCUCCUGAGGAAGCGGCGCGGCGAUGCCCGGGGGGCAGCAGCCCGAGGCGUCGCCCGGGCGGUACCAGCGCCGCCGCGACGAGAUCGACGACGACUGCGCCGACAAUCUCGUCGACGACUGCGCCGACGUGCUCGGCAUCGACGUGCGGGGUCCGGACGCCGACCCCUUCGACAUCCCCGCCAAGGGCGCCCCCGUCGAGCGGCUGCGGCGCUGGAGGCAAGCUGCACUUGUCCUCAAUGCUUCUCGACGAUUCAGAUAUACGCUUGACCUAAAAAAGGAGGAGGAAAAGGAACAAAUAAGGAGGAAGAUUAGGGCCCAUGCUCAAGUCAUACGGGCUGCAUUACUUUUCAAAGAGGCUGGGGAAAAGCAGAAUGGUGAUAGGGAAUUACCAGAAAUUCUACCACGGGGAUUCGGAAUCGGAGAGGAGCAGCUGACAGUGAUGACUAGGGAUCAUAAUUAUGUUGCUCUGCAAGAAUAUGGAGGGGUUAAAGGGCUUGCAAAUUUACUGAAAACCAACUUAGAGAAGGGAAUUCAUGGCGAUGAGGCAGAUUUGUCAUGCAGGGCAAAUGCUUUUGGGGCUAAUAGAUAUCCUCGCAAGAAAGGAAGGAGCUUUUGGGUUUUUCUUUGGGAGGCCUGCCAGGAUAUGACGCUAGUUGUCCUUAUCAUAGCUGCAGUAAUUUCUCUAGUUUUGGGCAUUGCAACAGAGGGUAUCAAAGAAGGAUGGUAUGAUGGCACAAGUAUUGUAUUUGCUGUAUUUCUUGUGAUACUCGUUACUGCUGUCAGUGACUACAAGCAGUCCCUGCAGUUUCAACACCUCAAUGAGGAGAAGCAAAACAUACAAGUGGAGGUUAUUAGGGGUGGCAGAAGGAUUCAAGUGUCAAUAUUUGAUAUUGUAGUUGGUGAUGUAGUGGCUUUAAAUAUUGGUGAUCAGGUUCCAGCUGAUGGUGUUGUAAUCAGCAGUCAUUCUCUUGCCAUUGAUGAGUCCAGUAUGACUGGGGAAAGCAAGUUUGUUAUGAAGGAUCAGAAGACACCUUUUUUAAUGGCUGGAUGCAAAGUUGCUGAUGGUUAUGGUACCAUGUUGGUAACUGCAGUUGGCCUUAACACUGAGUGGGGUUUAUUAAUGGCCAGCAUUUCAGAAGAUAACAACGAAGAAACUCCUUUGCAGGUACGGUUGAAUGGAGUAGCAACAUUCAUAGGUAUCGUAGGGCUUUCUGUUGCUGCUAUGGUCCUUGUAGUCCUCUUUGCAAGGUAUUUUUCAGGACAUACGACAAAUUCAGAUGGCUCUGUUCAGUUUGUCAAGGGGCGCACAAGUGUGAAAUCUGCAAUAUUUGGAUCAAUAAAGAUACUGACUGUUGCAGUGACCAUUGUUGUUGUCGCUGUACCUGAGGGCCUACCACUGGCUGUCACACUAACUCUGGCUUAUUCCAUGCAGAAAAUGAUGGCUGACAAAGCACUGGUGCGGAGGCUUUCUGCCUGUGAAACAAUGGGUUCAGCUACUACUAUUUGUAGUGACAAGACUGGUACAUUAACAUUAAAUCAGAUGACCGUUGUGCAAUCAAUUGUUGGCGAAGUGAAGCUGCAAGCUCCUUCUAAUGUUGAUAACCUGUCACCUAGUGUAAUCUCACUACUACUUGAAGGAAUUGCACAGAAUACUUCAGGAAGUGUGUUUGAGGCACCGGAUGGUAGCAUCGAGAUAACUGGCUCACCCACGGAAAAGGCUAUCCUUGCUUGGGGUCUUGAACUUCGGAUGAAAUUUACGGAGGAGAGAUCACGAUCAGCUAUAAUUCAUGUCUCUCCCUUCAACUCUGAAAAAAAGCGUGCUGGGGUUGCAGUGGCUGUGAGUGAUUCGGAUAUUCAUGUACACUGGAAAGGAGCUGCUGAAAUUGUUCUUGCAUUAUGCACAAGAUGGAUUGGCGCGGAUGGCUCGAUUCAUGAAAUGACACCUGAUAAGGUUAAUCAACUCAAGAAAUUUAUAGAAGAUAUGGCUGAGCAAAGUCUUAGAUGUAUUGCUUUUGCUUAUAGAAAUCUUGGUCUGGAGGAUCUUCCAAGUGAGGAACAAAGAAUCAACUGGCAACUGCCAGAUAAUGACCUGACGCUUAUUGGAAUUGUAGGGAUGAAGGAUCCUUGCCGCCCUGAAGUAAAAGAGGCUGUUGAAUUGUGCAAAAAGGCUGGUGUAAAGGUACGGAUGGUAACUGGAGAUAAUCUGAAGACAGCUAGAGCAAUAGCACUUGAGUGUGGAAUACUUGAGGACUCUGAUGCAUCUGCACAAGCUAUAAUAGAGGGAAGAGUUUUCCGUGCUUACAAUGAUACUGAAAGGGAGGACGUUGCAGAAAAGAUUUCUGUGAUGGCUCGAUCUUCUCCUAACGACAAACUUCUUCUAGUAAAGGCUCUUAAGAAAAGAGGCCAUGUUGUUGCUGUUACUGGUGAUGGAACAAAUGAUGCUCCUGCAUUGCAUGAGGCAGAUAUUGGUCUCGCUAUGGGCAUCCAAGGGACAGAAGUAGCUAAAGAGAGCUCAGACAUAAUUAUUCUAGAUGAUAAUUUUUCUUCUGUUGUGAAGGUAGUCCGGUGGGGUCGCUCUGUUUAUGCAAAUAUCCAAAAGUUUAUUCAGUUCCAGCUCACUGUAAAUGUUGCAGCUCUUGUCAUAAAUGUUGUUGCUGCCGUUUCCUCAGGAAAUGUUCCUCUAAAUGCUGUUCAGCUUCUCUGGGUUAAUCUCAUCAUGGACACACUUGGUGCACUUGCAUUGGCUACUGAACCACCAACGGAUCAACUUAUGAGGCGGCCGCCUGUUGGAAGGAGAGAACCUCUUGUGACUAAUAUCAUGUGGAGAAACUUGUUUAUUCAGGCUGUCUUUCAAGUUGCUGUUCUUCUCACCCUCAACUUCAGGGGCCGGAAUCUUUUGCAUUUGACUCAAGACACAUUAGAAAACUCCAGUAAAGUGAAAAAUACAGUUAUAUUCAAUACAUUUGUCUUAUGUCAGGUGUUUAAUGAGUUCAAUUCUCGUAAACCAGAAGAGCUGAACAUCUUUAGUGGAGUUUCAAGAAAUCAUCUUUUCUUGGGAGUAGUGACUAUAACCAUUGUGAUGCAGGUGAUAAUCAUUGAGUUCCUUGGUAAAUUUACAUCAACUGUGAGACUGGAUUGGGAGCUUUGGCUUGUUUCUGUAGUUAUUGCUUUUCUAAGUUGGCCCUUGGCUUUUGUUGGAAAGUUCAUUCCAGUUCCAAAGACUCAAUUGAAGGAUCUCAUUCUAAGGUGUUGGCCCAAACGUGACGAGGGAGCAGCACAACAGGGACAGGAUGAGAGAAGAGCAGAAUCACAGGUGUGAAGCUGCUCGGGCAAGUGUUCAGAUAGUGCUGAAAAUAUAGUGUUGGUGCACAUAGAUGGUGUUGAUUAAUUUUAUGUGCUGAUUUCUUCUAACCAUGCUACCUUGAUCCCUGCCUAUAAAUUCUGAGGCUGUGGUCAGCAAUCAAGGAAAUGCUACAUCGUCGCUGGCUUAUGAUCUAGAGUUGAAGUCAAUGCAAACAAGAUAUGUCUUAGCCUAACAAAGCUCAGUACCACCUGUAGUUAAUUGCGCAAGUUGUGCCAGAAGUCUUAGAAUGUUUUGAUCUGGGGAUGUCACUGUAAACAGUGGAGUGUAGCUCAGUUCCCUAUAUUCUUUUGGUUUUAGUUACCAAGUAGAACAUUUUAUCUAACCGGAUAUACUGGUGUUCGGUGUAAAGUCUGAUAUCUGAAUGCUACUUGGAUGCGGUUGAAGGAUUUGACUUUCGUAAUGUACAUUGGCUGAUUUGCUAUUGCCAGCGCA